GAGAACACGGCUGAACGCGAGCAAAUCCGAGGUGCGAGGUGAGCGCCAUUGUUUAAUUCGCCAUUGUUAUUUUGUAGAUACGUAAGCACACUGUUGAUUGCGUGUAUAUUCUGAAAUACUGGGACUCAUUCAUCUCAGUUGAUUUGCUUUGAAUGACGGUACAAGUGGAUAAAUGACGACAAUCUGCAGUCGCUGAUAAAUAAGGAAGCGCGAACGUCCGUCGACAAGGAAUACUCGAUUGCGCUCUGCGAUCUGUAUCUCCUCCGCGCGUGAUUCGAGUGAAUUCAGAUUUCGAGAUCGCGGCGGCGUGUGCGCGACAGACAGAAACGCAAAAAGGGGGAGGAUAAUAAACGUAUCACACUCUGGACCCUGCACGCGAUGGCGUUCUUCUGCAACUGGGCGCUCGCGUCUUCGACGAUCCUGACGCCGCUCAAGGACGACGGUAGUCUUCGGAUCUUCAAAGACCCGCAAAACGAGUUCGAGUAUGUGCUGAAGAGGCACGGCAUCGAGGAGAGCAACAUCAAUGGCAAGGAAGCCGAGUCCAAGGAGAGACGCAGCGGCUCCUCCGGCUUCAUCAGGUUCGGGCGCAGUCAAACAGCGUACGAGAACCUCGUGUCGGAUGGCGAGGCUGAGCCCAAGGUCAGUAGGCACCCGCGAUGGAAGCCGUCGGACGUCGUCAUCAGGUUCGGCCGAUCCAACUUCAAGCGUGGCAGAAAUGAUGCGAAUUUCAUCAGGUUUGGUCGUAACACACACAUACAAGUCGUGCCGGCCGAUCUCGACAUGUCCGCGGUGUGCUCGGUGCUCGUAUCGAAUAGCGUGAUGAGCGAGGCAGAGCUCCACCCGGACGUGCUGAGGCUACUUCGGCUUUGUAACAGUCUGAACAAGAUCACCGGCGAGAUCAAUCUGGACGCCUUCGAGGACCAGAUCGACUCGAAUCAUCACGAAUGAACAUCCCUGUGCCGCCGCCGCCGCCGCCGCCGCCGUCGCUGUCACUCGCGCUCGUCCGAAAUUCAAGGUCGCAGACUCACCGAGGAUUCGAUACCAACGGGAAUCAUCGUCGACGGCGCUGCGGCUUCGAUAGCGAGCCGACCGGACCGCGGUCAAGCUGCAUGUGACUUCGAAAUGACGGCCGGGAUCGCGUUGUUGUCAGCGCGCUUGUACUCAGGCGAGCCUGUCGACUGGUUAAACGAAGCUAAACAUCGAUUUUGUCAAGUCGCGACGAAUCCCCGCGAGUAUCUGUCUUGACGAAGUUACACAUGAAAACGAGCAAACAUGACAUUUAUUCGCGGGAACUUGCUUUCUGCCCCUUGUCUCCUCGCCGCUCCGGCGCGAACGGUCUCGUCGAUCUAAUAAAAAUCUGUCACGACGAAGUCACACGAACAAACAAACGACGUUUACUCACAGGAACUCGCUUUCUCCGCUCCUUGCUCCUUCGCCGCGAGAUUUGCCCGUUUCCGGGGUCUUCCGAUGUAUCUUCGAGCUUUCCGAACCGGCACACAGUGGGACCAGAUGACAUUCUUUGGUUGAAAAUUCUCUAGAGACCUGAAUUUCCAACCGA